AUGGAACAUACCAACCCCUGGAACAAGGAAACAGAUCAGAAUGUAACUCAUGUAUCAGUAUUUAUUUUCCUGGGAUUUUCGGCAAAGCCAUUGGGACAACUGCUAUUUUUCCUUCUCUUCUUGACUAUCUACACCCUGACCCUGUUGGGAAAUGGCCUCAUUAUCUUCCUCACAUUAAUCAGCCCAGCCCUACAGACACCCAUGUAUUUCUUCCUUCGGAAUCUCUCUUUUGUGGAGAUUUGCUAUAGCUCAAUCACCCUACCUCGAUUACUGAUUAGUUAUGUCACUGGGAACAACAAGAUCUCUUUCAUUGGUUGUGCAGUCCAGAUGUAUUUUUUCCUGAUUCUGGGCAGUGCAGAGUGUUACAUCCUAGGUGCUAUGGCAUAUGAUCGAUACGUGGCCGUGUUUCACCCUCUGAGGUACAUGACCAUCAUGGACAAACAUUCCUGUACCCUGCUGGUUGUUGGGUCUUGGUUGAGUGGCAUUCCAGCUUCUUUUGUCCAAACCACCUGGGCUUUUAUCUCCCCAUUUUGUGGUCCUAAUGAAAUUGAUCACUUCUUCUGUGAUAUCCCCCCUGUCCUGAGGCUGGUUUGUGCGGACACUUCCCAGAAUGAAAUUGCUAUGUUCACGUUUGCUGUGAUCGUUGUCAUUGCCCCCUUCAUGCUAAUCCUCAUUUCUUAUUCUCACAUCAUAGCUGCUGUGGUGAAGAUGAGCUCAUCUGAGAACAGGAAAAAGGCUGUCUCUACAUGUUCCUCACACCUUCUCGUGGUUACUUUGUUCUAUGGUUCUGGCAUGGUAGUGUAUACGUGUCCACAAUCCAGUGGAAAUUCAGGGACUGACAAGGUUGUUUCCCUCUUCUAUACCAUAGUCACUCCCAUGCUGAAUCCUGUCAUAUAUACUCUCAGGAACCAGGAGGUGAAAGAUGCCCUGUGGAAGACUAUGGCUAGUUAUUAG